UUUCUCGAUCAUCAGUUUCUGUGUCCUAUACUCCUAUCCCUUUCUUCCCCCCGUCCAAAGCAGCUCCGAUAAACGAACCUCUCCACCGCCGUCGGCCGCACGGCGAGGGCCGAAAUCCCGAUCUGGCCAUCCAUCGCCUUCGCCUCCUCCCGCCGCUACCCUGCUGGCCGGGUGUUGACAAACAGCCGCGGACGAGCGAGCACGUGCGACCGCGCCUCCCACCGAGAAGAAGACGCCGACGCCCACCGCCCACGCUAUUUACUACUACUACUACUAGUACCACCACCACCCCAUUCCGACCCAAACGCCAGCCAGCCAGCCACCCAAGCGACGAUGAAGGGAGCGGCGGCGGCGAUGGUGGCGGGCGACGAGCGCUACUGCGAGGCGGAGGACAGGGAGCUGACGGUGCGCAAGACGACGCUCUUCUCGCCGGGGGACGGGCUCGAGGCCUACGACCACCGCACGGGGGAGCUGGCCUUCCGCGUCGAGACGUACGGCCGCGGGGGCGUCUGCGGCGGCGCGGCCGCGGCCGGGGACCUCGCGCUGCUGGGCGCCGCGGGGGAGCCCGUGCUCACGGUGCGCCGGCGCCGGCCCAGCCUGCACCACCGCUGGGACGGCUUCCUCGGGGACGGCGGCGGCGCGAGCCAGAAGCCGCUCUUCUCCGCCCGCCGCUCCUCCAUCCUCGGCGGGGCCGGGUCCGGGGUCCUCGUCGACCUCCUCGCCCCCGCCGCCGAGUUCCGGGUCGAGGGGUCCUUCCCCAGGCGCUGCUGCCGCGUCGUGGUGGCUGGCGCCGACGACGACGAGGACGACGUGGUGGUGGCGGAGGUGCGGCGGAAGGUGGACGAGGGCGCGCACGUGCUGCUGGGCCGGGACGUGUUCGUGCUCUGGCUGCGGGCCGGAUUCGACGCCGCCUUCGCCAUGGGGAUCGUGCUCGUGCUCGACCGGAUCACCGGCGACGAGCUCGACGGCGUCCUCAGCGACGACCUGCUCGAGGCCACAUCGCCCGUCAGUGUAGUCUAGGCUGCAGGAUCGUUGCCCUGCUUGCUCAGCGAUCUCACGAACUCCUGACAUCGUUUGCGUUGCAGAGUUUGGAUCUGAUUUGCGCCCGUGGAUUGAGCUUGUAAACUAGCUUUGAGUCUGAAGUGAACAUGGACAAGAUCUCCAUUA